AAAACGAAAACAAAAUUUAUUGUAUCAUUGAUUUAAAUGUAAUUGAUUGAUUGAUUAUACGACCGAUUAUAAAAGGAAUAUAGCAAAUAUUGAAAUACAAAUGGAAUCACCGGAAAAAUUUGAUAAUGAAUUACUUAUGGUUAUUGAUCGUUUUUCAUAUCAAUAUUAUUAUAAUAAACGUUUAAUUGGUGGUGAUAUUAGUCUUUAUCGUAGCAGUGGACGUGGUCGACCUCGAAAACAGCCGAAAAAACAAGGAUCAUCAUCAUCAAUUAUCAGUGUUGAUGAUGAUAGUUGUAUCAUUUGUUUAGAUGGAUAUAUUGAUCAGGAUAAAGUUAGACGAUUACCAUGUAUGCAUCUAUUUCAUGAAGAAUGUAUCCUACAAUGGUUUAAAUCUAUUAGUUAUCAAUGUUCUUGUCCUGUUUGUCGUAUAAAAAUAUUUUGUAAUAAUGAGAUGAGUAAAAAAUGGUCAAUACCAAGACAUUUAUUGGAACCCGAAAAACAUGUGAUGAUUAAAACUGAUGAACAAAUUAAUCGUGAUUCCAAUAAUAAUAACAAUAACAAUAACAAUAAUCGUAAUGUAAAACGUCGUACAAAUCGUCAAUCUAAUAAUAUUAAUGUUGUUAAUCAAGAACAAAACAAUAUAUCUACAACAACAACAUCAUCGAAUACUAAUAUAUCAUCAUCAUCACCACCAAUUGCAUCAAGAACUAGAAGUCAAUUACGUCGUUUAUCAUCGCAACAAUCAAUUUCAGCCACAAUGACAACAGCAACAACUAUUAAUCCUUUGAUAUCCAUUGGCCGUCGAAGUCGUAUUUGAAAUAAUCGUAUUCAUACUUGACCACCACACCCCCAUCAUACACCUGAGAUUCAUUAAUAAUUUUUCAUAAUUCAUUAUUUUCAAAACUGAAUCGAAUUAAUCACACACACAAUUUAUUAAUUUUCAAAAAACAUUUGAUUAAUAUAUCAAUCAAUC